UAAAGCUUAAACUAUAUAAUCCUCGAUGAACAUCGCGAAGAAAGGUUACACAUUUACAUAUCAACGGUGCAUUUAGCGAGGCCCUUCUCAAAGCGAAACCAUUGGCUGAUACGUGAUUAUUGUAACAAAUCGGUUCGGGGUCAGAGUUGUUUUGAUAGAAUAACGACUUUAAUAACAUUUAAUUUAUCAGUUGUAGAAGAGCAUUUUGUGUGGACGUAUGUGCUUCAUAUAAAUGAAGUAAACAAAUCGGUUUGCCCAUAAUAAUAUAACAAUGUUAAGGUCAGCCAGUGCAAGUGGUCUCAGGAAAAAAUCCGCGAGUAUUUUGAAAAACCACUUGGACAGAAAAUUUAGUUCGGACACUGGUUUGCCCAAAUCUGCCGAUGUUGUUAUUGUUGGUGGAGGAGUAAUAGGAUGUAGCAUUUUGUAUCAUUUAUCUAAAAGAGGUGUGAAUGCAGUAUUGGUUGAGAAGAAUAAAUUAACAAGCGGCACGACAUGGCACACCGGCGGUCUCGUGUGGUCUCUAAGACCCAACGACAUAGACAUACAAAUCUUACAAGCCACCAGAAAUUUGUUUAAAACUUUGAAAACUGAAACUGGUUUAGAUCCAGGCUGGAUUAAUAACGGAGGAAUUUUUAUCGCUAGAACGGAUGAACGGUUGGAAGAAUACAAGAGACUGCACACUCUGGGUCAUUUCUUCGAUGUAGAAAGCAGACUAAUAUCGCCUUCAGAGGCGGCUAAGCUUGCACCUAUUUUAAAUCCAAAGUCGUUUAUUGGUGCCCUGUAUUCACCAAGCGAUGGUUACGUUGAUCCCACCAUGUAUUGUUCGGCUUUAGCCAAAGGAGCCAAAAUCCACGGACAUGGCCAAAUAUUAGAAAACUGCGAGGUGACGAACAUUUUCAAAGAAGAUUAUUCCUAUAGCCAAAAGAUUACAGGUGUCGAAACGACAUGGGGUAACAUCAAAACAGGAUGCGUUGUAAACGCAACUGGAGGCUGGGCUAAGAACAUUGCCGAAUUGGCUGGUGUUCCACUUCCUCUGGCACCAAUGAAACAUGCCUACGUGCUGACCGGAAGUAUUCCGGAAGUGAAGGGCAUUCCCUGCAUCAGAGACCACGACGGGGGACUGUACCUCAGACCUCAGGGAGAUUCCGUGCUUUUCGGCGGAUACGAGAACAAUCCGGAACUAAUCAAAGAGAUUGCUGAUGAUUUCCACUUUGGUCUUUAUGAACUGGAUAAGUCCAUAUUCGAUGUCCAUUGGAAGCAUGCCGUUGAACUCUGUCCAAGCUUUGAAAAAGCAGGUAUCAAAUCCGAUGUCUGUGGUCCAGAAUCCUUCACACCUGAUCACAAACCCCUUUUGGGUGAAGACCCUAAAUUGUUUGGUUUAUAUCAUGCGUGUGGUUUCAAUUCUCUGGGUAUUCAGUUAAGCGGAGGAGUUGGAGAACAGAUGGCUGAAUGGGUGGUAAAAGGUCGUCCCACGCUAUCCAUGCACAAUUAUGACAUUCGAAGGUUUACCCCAAUGCAAAGACAAGACACCGCUUGGGUCAUAGAGACUAGUCAUGAGUGUUAUGCGAAGACCUACAGCAUCGUUUAUCCGCACGAUCAGCCUCUUGCCGGCAGGAACCACAGAAUCGAUGCCUUCCAUGAGGUGUUGGUUGCUGCUGGUGCUGUAAUGGAGCAAGCGGGUGGAUGGGAGAGACCAUCAUAUUUCGUUAAAGAUCGUACAGUUCCAGUGCGUGGUUAUGAUUGGUACGGCUAUUACGAUCAUAUUGAUAACAAGGACAAACGGUAUGAAAGGGAGUUGGUGGGAGACUGCACUUUCGAGUUCUCCAAACAUCACGAUUUGAUAAAAGAUGAAGCCUUAGCUGCCAGAAACAAUGUGGCUCUUUUCGAUUUGUCUUGCUACACUAAAAUGUACUUGACCGGUAAAGACGCCGAAGAGGCUGCGGAUUGGUUGUUCACAGCUGACGUCGACAAAGAACCUGGACGAGUUGUGUACACAUGCGCCUUGAAUUCUAAAGGUGGCGUUGAAAGUGAUGUUACGGUUACUCCUUUGCAAGAAGGAGGCGGUACUCUUGUAGGUCCCAUCUUGAAGGGCAAGGGCUACUAUAUAGUAGCUGGAAGCGCCUCAGGAUACCAUUCAGUAUCACAUUUCAGAAAGGAAAUCGCCAAAAAGAAUCUUAAAGCGGUCAUUUCGGAGACCACUGAGAGACUUGGAAUUUUAUCAGUGCAGGGACCCAAGAGUGGAGAAUUGUUGCAGUCGAUCACAGAAUAUCCCAUAACCGAUGAGACAAUUCCUUAUGGCAUGUCAAUUAUAAUCAAAAUCGCUGGUCAUAAAUGUCGCGUUUUAAGAGUUAGUUACAUCGGCGAGCUAGGUUAUGAAAUCCAUAUUCCUUUGGCGUCUUGUGUCGCCAUUUAUAACAAAGUUAUGGAGGCUGGACGUGGUUUUGACAUGAAACACUCCGGAUUUAGAGCCUUGGAAUCACUCAGCACUGAAAAAGGUUACCACCUCCUUCAUCAUGAUCUGAGAAUGGACGAUAAUCCAGUGGAAGCAAAUCUACAGCAUGUGUGCAGGAAGGAUGGUCAAUACUUAGGAAAGCAACACGUGGAAAAGUUGAAGCAAGAAGGGGUAAAGAAACGUCGCGUUUUCCUUACAUUGGACGAUUACGUUCCUUUAUACGGUUUGGAAACCAUUUGGAGGGACGACGACAUUGUUGGAUAUCUCCGGAGGGCUGAGUAUGGUUUCAGUCUGGAUACCAGCAUUGGCAUUGGCUACGUAGAACACCCCAAAGGAUCCACGUUAACCAAUGAGUUCCUGAGAAGUGGCAAUUACCAGAUUGAAGUUCGGAACAAGAAAUACCCAGCAACUUUGUUCCUGAAGAGUCCUUUCGAUCCAAAGAACUUAAGAUUGCGCGGAAAGUAUGAGAACGAAUUCGAGGAACAGACCCAUUUCGAAGACUGAAUAUGUUAGUUAAUGUUUAUUUUAAUGAAUUUUUUGCACGAUUUCACUUAUUUAAUGUUUUAUAUAAUAUGAAUUGUUUAAUGCUUAUGUGAAUUGUAGGAUGGUAAUAAAUAUUUGUAAUUUUA